AUGGCGUCAACGGAACAAAAACUGAAAGUUGGUGUCGUGCAAGUUGGCACACCGCUAUAUAAUUUGGACAAGACCCUCGAAAAACUCGAGAAAUACGUGACCGAAGCGUCAGUGCAACAAGUGGAUCUGCUAGUUUUCCCAGAAGCCUUCAUAGGAGGCUACCCCAAGUACAGCACUUUUGGUAUGCACUUGGGCGAGCGCACACCUGCAGGACGGGACGAGUAUUUGAAGUAUUACAGUAACGCGAUUGAAGUGCCUGGCCCUGUUACCGGCCACCUAAGCGCGCUGGCGAGCAAGGCCAAUAUGUACCUGGUCAUUGGGGUGAUUGAAAAGGAAGCCAAGAGCGGCACACUGUUCUGCACCGCCAUCCACAUUGAUCCAACGCACGGUUUGGUGGCCAAGCAUCGCAAGAUUAUGCCUACUGCACAGGAGCGUACUGUUUGGGGGCUGGGUGACGGCACUACGCUCCCUGUCGUUACUUUUGAGCGCUCGUCCACGCUUUCGGCACGCGUAUCGAGCACGAUUUGCUGGGAAAACUACGUUCCCAUGCUGCGUCAGCAUUAUUACAACAAGGGCACUCAAAUUUACUGCGCACCGACCGUAGAUACCCGUGAAGUCUGGACCUCCACCAUGACCCACAUUGCCCUCGAAGGCCGUUGUUUUGUACUGUCUGCCAACCAGUUCAUGCGAUGUAAGGAUUUCCCUGAGGGUCAUCCGUUGCCGGCAAACAGUAACCCUGAGAGCAUUGCCCUUGCUGGCGGCAGUAUGAUUGUCACCCCUCUCGGCGAAGUAUUGGCUGGUCCACUGCGUGAGAGAGAAGGUUUGCUUACCGCUGACAUCGAUUUGGAUGAUAUUAUCAGAAGUAAAUUAGACAUGGACAACUCUCCCACGGGUCACUAUUCUCGGCCAGAUAUCUUCAGAUUGCUGGUGAACGAGGCUGGUUUCCAGGGAUGA